UGCCGUACAGUGCGAUCAUAAUGUUAGCAAGAAAUCGAGUCUUUACGAUCAUAUUUUUUCCGUUGUUAAUCGGGUUAGUUCACACUAGAAGACCAUUCCAAGAUAUCAGGAGCGCUCUUGCAAUUCUGAAGCGAAAUCCACCCCCGGAUAAUACCUGGUGGAAAACCGCAGCCUUCUAUCAAAUCUAUCCACGAUCAUUCAAAGAUAGUGAUGGUGACGGAAUCGGAGAUCUUCGAGGAAUCAUACAGAAGUUACCAUAUUUGCAAAAACUCGGCAUCAGCGGAUUUUGGAUGUCCCCAAUAUUCAAAUCUCCUAUGGCUGAUUUUGGUUAUGACAUAUCUGAUUACUAUGAUAUUCAGCCGGAAUAUGGAACGAUGGCCGAUUUUGACACUUUGAUUGGCGAGUCUAAAAAACUGGGAUUGAAGGUCAUUUUAGAUUUUGUUCCCAAUCACUCAAGUGAUGAGAAUGAGUGGUUCAAAAAAUCGGAACGUCGCCAAGAAGGAUUCGAAGAUUUUUAUGUGUGGCAUCCGGGAAAAGUUAAUCCAGUUAAUCCUUCGAAACCACUUCCACCAAAUAAUUGGGUUAGUCUAUUCCGUGGAAGUGCCUGGCAGUGGAGUGAAAAACGAAAGGAAUUUUAUUUGCACCAGUUUUCAGUCAAACAACCGGAUUUGAACUAUCGCAAUCCGAAGGUCGUAGAACAAAUGAAGGACGUUAUGCGAUUCUGGUUGAAAAAAGGAGUCGACGGUUAUCGGAUCGAUGCAGUUCCGACUUUGUUUGAGAUCGAUAAAAAUGCCGAAGGGAACUAUAUAGAUGAACCCAUAAGUGGCAACACUAAUGAUCCGAACGACCCUGGGUACACUAUUCAUGUUUAUACACAAGACCGCAACGAAACUUUUGACAUGGUAUAUCAAUGGCGUGCCGUUGUAGAUAACUUUCAAAAAGACAAUGGCGGAGACGCCAGAAUCAUAAUGACUGAGUCAUACUCGAACAUCGACAUUGUGAUGAAGUACUACGGGAAUGCAACUGUGCCUGGUUCGCAUAUUCCAUUCAACUUCAGGUUUAUCACCGAUUUGGGAAAAGAUUCAUCCACACAGGAUAUUGAGAAUGCAAUUAAAUACUGGAUAAACCACAUGCCCAACGAUGGAGCAGUAGCUAAUUGGGUGCUUGGAAACCAUGACCAACAUCGUGUUGCAAGUCGAUUUGGAGAGAAUAAAAUCGACAUCAUGAACAUGAUUCUUUUGUCUCUACCAGGCAUCAGUAUCAGCUACAAUGGUGAAGAAAUCGGAAUGACGGACGUCUGGAUCUCGUACAACGAUACAGUGGAUCCGGCCGCUUGUAAUGCAGGUCCGGAUAAGUACCAAUACACGACGAGAGAUCCGGAAAGGACACCAUUUCAGUGGGAUAACAGCGAAAAUGCUGGGUUUUCGACUGCUAACAAAACAUGGUUGCCAGUGUCCCCGACAUACAAAGAUGUGAACGUGGCGAUACAAGAAUCCAAAACAAAUAGUCACCUCAUUGUAUACGAGAAACUGAUGCACAUGAGAAAGAGUCGAACUUGGCAGAGGGGGCAAUUGAAAACCGUGGUUAGUGGUAACGUUUUGGUAAUUUUCAGGGAGCUCAAAGGAUUCGAAACGUUUGUUACAUUGGUUAAUACUGGAGAUGCGCAACAGAUUUUAGACAUUUCUAGAAUGGGCUACAUUCCGUUGGUUGGAAAAGGCUGGUACCAAGUGGUUUCCGUUAACUCUCUGCACCAGGAAAGGGAAGUUGCGGUUCUUAAUAAGGUCGUUGUGGAUCCGUAUGAAUCAUUUGUAAUCGGAGCCAAAAGCAACUAUUUUUAUUAUGAAGUUUUCAAUUAUGUUAACUGAUUGAUUAUGUGAAUAAUUUUUUUAGAUGUGUACAAUUACUUAUACCGUUUUCGUUUAUUGAUCAGAGCAGCCCGAAAGCUGACCCAGAGUCGCCCAAACAACGUUUGAUAUGUUUGGUCUAGCAACCUGAGGUCGCUCUAGAUCGGACUCCAAUCGCGUUAUUUCGUUCUGAAAUUUUUCUCGAGUCGCACCACGCAUCCAUGCGAGUUUGUGUAUUUUUUCCUUUUUUUAUGAGUUGUUGUUUAUGGCACGUACCACGUGCUCUUUUUACUCGGAAUCAGAGUCGCUCGCGUGUAGGUUCAAAAACGAAAACGGCAUUAGACUUUCACAUCAAGAAUAUUUUAUUUUCAAACACUAUCAUAUGUAGGAAACUUUUUUAUGUUUUUAAUUUAAUUAAAUAAAAUAACGUUGUAAUAAUAAUAAUAAUAAUAAUAACAGAAAUAUUUCAAGUAUUCAUUGUAGGUACUCAAGUUUUCGCAUGAAGUCUCUUAAACGAUUGCUGUUGGCUAGCCGCAGCAAAAUUAUUGUUGUGUUUUCACUUUCAUCAUUUGAGCUGUUUUUUCUUCACUAGUCAGUUGAAAGCGGACUGUCUACUGAACUAUUUUGACUCAUUUGCAUUAACACGUUGAAGACAAUUUUUUUCGAUUUUUUUAACGAUAUCAAACUAACUAGAGAUUAUAAGAGGAGAAAGAAUAUGAAAUCAUAGAGCCAUAGUACUCAAGGAAGAGCAAGGAUGUGAAGAAUAAAGUGCGGAAAAGUGAGACGUGACAAGGGUCAUUUAAGUAAGCAGAAGGCUUCUCGUAUCUAAACUUUUACCUUCUACCGGUUCGGACAGUAAAUGACAAACGACCUUUGCCUUUACUUUCUGACAUAUCAGAGACUCGGAUAACUCGUAUCGCUAAGAUGCCUAAGUUCGACUCCUCUGGUAGAAGGUAAAAGUUUAGAUACGAGAAGCCUUCUGCUUACUUAAAUGACCCUUGUCACGUCUCACUUUUCCGCACUUUAUUCUUCACAUCCUUGCUCUUCCUUGAGUACUAUGGCUCUAUGAUUUCAUAUUCUUUCUCCUCUUAUAAUCUCUAGUUAGUUUGAUAUCGUUAAAAAAAUCGAAAAAAAGUAAAAAAUACUGACUGACCAGAAGUCAUAAAUAAAAAAGUAAAAAGUUAAAGACAAUUUCAAAUUAUAUAAAAAAAUGUAUUCGUGCUAGUACCGGUGUUUGAAUAAAUUAUUAUAUGAUCUAAGGGAAAUGCUAACGGAGUUGAAUAAAAUAUAUAUUGAUUUUCAUAAUAAAAAGUGUUUCCAUAUUUAUUAAA